UCCUCUCACUUGUUAUUUCCUUUUCUUACCCAAUCAAACACCUCCAUUUCAUAGAAGAUAUUCUCGCCAUUUUCUAAAGCGUCGCGACUGCAGUUAGAAACAGUCGCAUUCCUCGUUACGCUGCCCAACGUCGAAGCCAUGGGCGACGCCGCGGAGCUCAAGAAGAAAUGCGAGAGCCUCAAGGAGACGAUCGAGAAGACGCGUGAAGCCAAGAGCGACGGCGGCUUCCAGAGCGCCAAUGCCAGCGCCGGCGCCAAGGCAAUUCCGGCCCCUCCGAAGUGUCGACGACUACUGAAAGGACACUUUGGCAAGAUCUACGCCAUGCAAUGGGGCGGCGACAGCUCGAGCCUCGUAUCAGCCUCUCAGGACGGCAAGCUCAUCGUGUGGAACGCUCAGACCACCAACAAGAUCCAGGCCAUCCCGCUGCGCUCCAGUUGGGUCAUGACCUGCGCCUUCGAGCAGAAGCAGCGCAACAUGGUAGCGUGCGGCGGGCUGGAUAACCUGUGCAGCAUUUUCCACCUAUCACAGGCGCAGGUGAUGCGCGCCACCAAGGAGCUGGCCGCCCAUGAUGGUUACCUUAGCUGCUGCCGAUUCAUCGACGAAGCGAGCAUUGUCACUAGCUCGGGGGACUCCAACUGCAUCCUUUGGGACGUCGAGAGCGGCGAAGUGAAAACCACGUUCCGCGAACAUUCGGGCGACGUCAUGUCCGUAAGCAUUAACCCGCACAACCCGAGCAUGUUUAUUUCCGGCUCGUGCGAUUCUACCGCCAAAGUCUGGGAUAUCAGAACUGGCAAGACCACGCACACGUUCCAGGGUCAUGAGUCGGAUAUCAACUCGGUCGAUUUCUUCCCGAGCGGCAACGCACUGGGCACGGGCUCGGAUGACUCGAGCUGCCGUCUCUUUGACCUGCGAGCGUAUGGAGAGCUCAACAAUUUCAGUAACGACAAAAUUCUGUGCGGCAUCACGUCCGUGAGCUUCUCCAAGUCCGGUCGCUUCCUCUUCGCAGGCUACGACGACUACAAUUGCUACUGCUGGGACGUGCUCAGCACCUCUGGGGCGCAUAUCUACCAGCUCGCGGGCCACGAGAACCGCGUGUCUUGCCUCGGAGUCAACCCCGCGGGUCAGGCACUGUGCACUGGCAGCUGGGACACGCUACUCAAGAUCUGGGCCUAAUGGCGCCGUCAAAGACGUAGGACUUUAACCUGCAACAUUUUAUACGAUUCUUCAUUCAUUCUACUUUUAAGUUGUC